CAAAUACACCUUGGCUCUUCGGAUUUCACAUUUUGCCUUCCUGCAUUCCUCAGAGAAGGAACAAGUCCACGGAGCCUCUGCUUACAGCAAACAAAUCAAGGCGCUGAUCAGCAAAGCCGCUUCCCCACACCACCGAAAUGAAUGCUGCUCUGGCUGUGACCUUUUGUCUCUUGGUCGCUUUGGAACCUGUGAACUGCCAAAGAGUUCAGCGAAGCCUCCAGCCAUGGGUGCAGGGCACCAUUGCAGUUACUGUCUUCUUGGUUUUGGCAAUGGUUGCCUUUGUUGUCAAUAGGUUAUGGUGCCAGGACAACAAUGAUUCCCUUGAGGAGAAAAACAAAGCAAUCUCCAUGAGCAGCAACAAAGAAGAGAUGCCCGUUUCAAAUGGGUCAGAAGGGAGGUAUUCAACAACUGCAGCGGACUUCAGGAGUGAAGAAGGCCCACAUGUUUAUGAAAACAAAGUCGAGUUGGAGUGCAGAAACACAACUGAAUGUCAUAGUGAAAACAAUAUUCAAGUUCUUACCACUUGCAUGUAGCAUCUUUAUCACCAUCAUCCUCACUCCUUGGUCUUUUCUUAUCCUGCCCAUAUUAUAGACUCCAUACAAGAGACCAGUUCUGCACAUCUGUUGUUGUGCAUGGAUUUAAUCACUUUACUACAAGGCAUUGGCUGCUGGCUGAGUGAAGCCCAUGUUUUAUUUCUUUUUAUGUUAAAACUUUUCCACACCAGAUUUCAUGUUGCUGUUAUAGUCCUGUGUUAAGUUUUGAGGUCAUCUGUGCACCUCUCUGGGGCGG